GGGCAGGGGUCGCGGGAGCCCGCCGCAGCGCCGGGCGAGCCGCACGCCGGGCGGGCGGUGCGGGCCGGGCCCCGGGCGGCGUGCGGGGGCAGCGGGGGUAUGUUCUCCCUCGCUGAACUUUCCCCGUCGCCGGAUCGCGCCGGCGACGCAAGGUGCGGGGCGGCUGGCGGGGAUCUCCGCCCCGCUCCGCCGGCAUCACAUGGUGCUAGGGGAGGGAGGGGGGAGCCGCCCCCCCCCCCGCUCUCGCUUCUCGUACAGUUUCUUCCAGUCUCAGCGCUCAACUCCGGCGAGGCUGGAGCGCGGCGCGGGGCUAGGCAGGAGCCGGGCGGGCUCCGCCGCCUGCUCCCGGGGCGCCCUCCGGCAGCGGAGGCGGCGGGGAAACGGCACAAGUGCGCGGCGCCUCCGCUGCCUCGCUCCUUCUGAUGCCCCUUCGCGACUGCACGCCAGCCCGGCGGCCGCGGCUCCGGGAGGAUGCGGCUCUUCCUCGUCGCUGCAACUUUCUGGGGAUUGUGCCUGGCUCCAGGUCGCCCUUUUGUUGAGCUGCUGGGUAGUUAAGAACAUCAUAAUGCAAGGAGGGAAAGGUUUGGGUUUGCAAAUACAGUGCUACCAGUGUGAGGAGUUCCAGCUAAAUAAUGAUUGCUCAGCUCCAGAAUUCAUCGUGAAUUGUACAGUGAACGUUCAAGAUAUGUGUCAGAAAGAAGUAAUGGAAAAAAGUUUUGGAAUCAUGUAUCGCAAAUCCUGCGCAUCUUCGGCAGCGUGUCUGAUAGCCUCUGCUGGGUACCAGUCCUUUUGCUCUCCAGGGAAGGUGAACUCUGUUUGCAUCAGCUGCUGCAACACUCCACUCUGCAACGGGCCCCGGCCGAAGAAGAGAGGGAAUUCUGGCGCGGUGCCGAGGGCACACGCGAUAACUACAGUUCUGCUCCUGAAAUUGGCUCUGUUGGUUUUCUAUUGCUAA